AGUCGUAUUUUCAGUUUUUAUGCUUUCACGUUUAAAAAAAAAGAAGGCGCAAUGGAUUUAAACUUCACGCUCCUGGGGCGCGAUUUGUCCGGCUGGGGCGCGCUGGCGCAGAGACUCUUUGGGAAUAACUCACUGUCCCCGUUUGAUAACAGCACUGCCGCUUCCAAAACGGACGAGGAAGACUUGGAAGUCAACACGGAUGUUUACUCCAAGGUGAUAGUCACUGUCAUCUACGUGGCUCUGUUCGCUGUGGGCUCUCUGGGGAACUCCGUCACCCUGUACACACUGCUGACCAAAAAGACCCUGCAGAACCUCCAGAGCACCGUGCACUAUCACCUGGCGAGCCUCGCCGUGUCCGACCUGCUGAUCCUCGUCCUCUCCAUGCCCAUCGAGCUCUACAACUUCAUCUGGUUCCACCACCCGUGGGUAUUCGGGGAUGCGGUGUGCAGGGGUUACUACUUCCUCCGGGACAGCUGCUCCUACGCCACCGCGCUGAACAUCGCCAGCCUGAGCGUGGAGCGCUACAUGGCCAUCUGCCAUCCGUUCAAAGCCAAGAGCAUCAUGUCCCGCAGCCGCACCAAGAAACUCAUCAGCGCCAUGUGGCUCGCCUCCUUCGCGCUCGCCACGCCGAUGCUCUUUAUCAUGGGCCAGGAGACGCGUAAAGGCGAGAAGAUAUGCACCGCUAUCGUCUCCCCCGUCACCAUGAAAACUGUUCUUCAGGUGAAUGCGUUUCUGUCCUUCGUGGUUCCCAUGGUGGCCAUAUCUGCGCUGAACGGGAUCAUAGCCAAUCAGCUGCUGCGAAUGUUCCGCGAGGCAGAGCAAGACAACCGGGUGUGCAUCAUCGGGGGAAAUCCCACCAUGCUGAACGUCACCGUGGAGCCAAACCGCGCUCAGUCGCUUCGCCAUGGAGUUCUUGUCCUCCCUGCAUCUUCUCCUACGGCAUCUUCUCCUCAACCUGACACCGCAGUUGCAACUCCCUCCACACUGGG